GAGCACCCUCAAGCAAACGCUGGCCCAUCACACGCAAUCGCUGGUCCAUCACAUGCAAUUGCUGGUCCAUCACAUGCAAUGCCUGCGUGUACAAAUCUGCCACCUACCAAUAUUAAUGUGGAUCCCAUUGAAAUUGAGGAUGAUGAUAUCUGCCAGGCAGAGAUAUUAGAGAUAUUGGGAACCGAUCCAUCACUGAGUCAAGAAUAUGGUGACGAUAUUAAUAAAGAAGUGGCUCGCAGAUUUGAACACAUAGCCACGUCUGGUUUGGAGAAACAAGCAAGACAGGAGCUGUUAGAAAAAUAUUUAGUACCCGCAAACUGCGUUAAGAUCGCCGCCCCACAGCUGAACGCGGAGAUCAAAGCAGCGUCUACGGAAGCUGUCAUAAAAAGAGAUAAAGCUAUUGAGCUUAGACAAAAACAGAUCGCCGCAGCGAUUACAGGUGUAGGACGUAUACUAACAUCUCAACUAAAGUCUAAGGAUAAUAACGUUGCUAAAGACCUAAUGGACGUGGCACGCUUACUGUGUGAUAUACAAUUCUGCGAAUCAACAACACGCAGGAAUUUUACGUUAUAUCCGCUAAAAAAGGAUUUCAGAGAUCAAUUAGCAAACACAAAGAUAGACAAAUAUCUAUUUGGUGAAGAUUUGCCAGAAACAUUAAAAACAGCUAAAGCUGUAUCAAAAUCUAGUACAGAUAUUAAGGUGGACCAACAAAAAUCAAAGCAGCAAACAACGCCUAAGUUUCCGAAGAAUUUAAACUGGAAGACGGGACCCUCAGCUCGCAAUCAGCCGAAGGGUCCGACACAGAAACAAUAUCAGUCUGCAGCAUCGAGCAGCCGGCGCUACGGCCACGGGAACUCAUCGCACAGGUCGUCGCAUCGGGCCAAGCACAGUCGCCGGCGCUAGAUCCGCAACCGGAACAUCCAGUCGAGCGUUACCCUGGUUGCCGGAGUUUUGUCAGCACGUCGCUCCUGCGGCGGUGCGUCCCGCAGUCUGCGGUGAAUAUACUGCUAGCAUCAUUAUCGGACAACUCGAUUAAGCAA